AUGUCAAAAGCAAAAUCGAAUAACUAUAAAUCAACGACAACAACAUCAUUAACUGAAGAAAUAAAAAUUGUUGUUGUUGGUGAUGGUUAUACAGGCAAAACAACCUUAUGUAUUGUUUAUAAAGAUGGUGAAUAUCCACAAGAUCCAUAUGUUCCAACAAUAUUUGAGAAUUAUGCAGCAACAGUAACAUUGAACAAUCGAAAAUAUAUUCUAAAUUUAUUUGAUAGUGCUGGACAGGAAGAAUAUGAUCAACUUCGUAUAAUGGCAUAUCCAAAUACAAAUGUAUUUAUUCUUUGUUUUUCUAUUGUUGAUCCUGAUAGUUAUUCUAAUAUAUUAAGUAAAUGGAUACCGGAAUUAAAUCGUUAUGCACCUCGUAUACCAAUUGUACUUGUUGGAACAAAACUUGAUUUACGUAAUGAUCCAUCAACACUUGAACAAUUAGCUGAAAAAAAUCAACAACCAAUAACACAAUCUCAGGGUGAAUAUUUAGCACGUAUCUGUUCAGCUAAAGCUUAUAUAGAAUGUUCAUCAAUGUUAAAUUUUAAUAUACGAAAUGUAUUUGAACAAGCUAUUGAAACAUAUAUUUUAUAUGAACAACGAUAUCGUCAUGGAAUUAGUAAUGGACGAAGAAUUUUAUCAGCUAAAUUUCAUUCAUGUUCAUGGUUUAAUUCAUUAGUAUGCUGUACAAAUAGUUCAAGAACAUCAUCAAAAAAAAAUUUACGAACAAAAAAAGAUAAACAAAAUCAUUAUUCAAUGUGA